AUGAGCUUCCACCUCAGCGCUGAAGACAUCCGUAUCGAGGAUAACCAUGUCCUCGUUGCCCGACUCCGCAACUCCAAUGGUGACCUGCAGGACGCCCAGAUUGACCUAAACCACUUCCUCGGAAAUGACAACGGCCACUUUCAAUGGGAAGGUGUCAACUUCUCCGAAUCCGCCGAGGAUGUUCACUUCGCUAUCGAGGGAGGCGGCGAGGUUCCCGUCCUUCGGGCUCGUUUGGCAAACACGGAAGGAGAAUACCAAGAUGCUGAUGUCAACCUGUCUGAGCGCGUUAUCAAUGUUGAUGGCCACUUUGAAUUCCAGUGA